AUCUUAAUUGUGGAAACAAUUCCAUUCACACAAAGAGAUGGGCAACCAAAACAAACGUUGGUAUCUCGCUCUAACUAAGUGUCGCAUUUAACAGCGAUAGUUCAAAGUGCUGCCCAGCAUAAAUCGACAAUGUUACCCAUAAUCAUACGGAAUAAUUGUGAAGUGAAUACAGCAAAUAAUUUUCUGCCCCAACUUUAAAGGCAUAAUUAUUACUUUUAUUGUGAAAUAUAUGCGUAGCAAGUGUGUAAAAUUCUAGGCCAGACUGCUGGCUAACGCCUAAACAAACUCUCCAGCAUGGAGAACUGCAAAGUGAUAUAAUAAAUGGCAUGAUAAAAAAGACGCAUGUGAAUUUUUUGUCUUACUGCUGCAAGCAAAACCAGAUGAUAGGCCGAGUUGAGAGCGUGUAAGUGAGAGAGAAAGAGAGGGAGAGGACGCAGCGAGUAGAGAAACCGAAACGGAAACUCAAACAUAUACCGAAGCUAUUGCGAUUGCUCUUGCUCUUGCCCCGACAGCAUAUAAUUCCAGUUCCAGGCAGAGCUCACUCAUUUUUUCAACAAGUUAUGGCUGAUGCCCUGCUUAUGGAGGAGUCAGCGCCCCCGCCUGCCUUUGUCGAAGAUGUAGCUGCCUCAGUGAUAGUAGAAGCAGCGCCAGUUGCAGCAGACGCCGUCGCAAGCGCAGCCACAACAGAAAGCAACAACAUAUCCUUGCCCAUACAAUUGGCCGAUCUAACAGAGAGCGGUAGCGAAAGUGGUGAGGAUGCUACUCAAGGCGAGCAUACAGAACGUAGUACCGCUGCUCCUCGCUCACCGCCACCCAAUUGUGCCAUCUGCUUAUCGCGCUGCAAACGCAAGUGCACCACGGAUUCGUGUGCACAUCAAUUCUGCUUCAAGUGCCUCUGUGAAUGGAGCAAGAUUAAACCCGAGUGUCCACUAUGCAAACAGCCCUUCAAGACGAUUAUACACAACAUGCGAACGCAUGGAGACUACGAUAGCUAUCCAGUCCAGUCCAGCACAGCGGAGCACUCUGCGCUAAGCGUUCAUGUAAUCAAUGUACGACGGAGACGUUUCAUGCUACAGAACCAGAUGAUUACAAAUGAUUUAGAUGCGGCUGCCACAGAUUCGGAUGGCAGCGCUCAUGCUCAACCGCGUCAUGCACCCUUCAAUCGCUUCGAGCCGUAUCGCAUGGAGCUGCUGAACUUUUAUCGCGACGACCAGGAUGCGGACCCUGGCGCAGGCUCGUUGAGUCAGCUCUGGCGGCGUUACGUCUACGAUCGCAAGCUCUAUGCGCUGCCCGUCAGCGACAGCAUGACGGGAAACUUUCGUGAGUGGAGCGCUCGCUUUUACAGAGAUAAUCCAGCUCAGAUGCACCGCCUGAUGCCUUGGAUCAAUCGUGACAUUGUUUGUCUGCUACGCAACACGCCACAGACCGUGAGUGAGGUAAUGCAAGUGAUGAACGACAUUCUGCCCAUGAUCAACAUACCGACGCGCACAUUCCGGCGCCACCUCGCCCCCUUUCUGGGCGGACGCACCAGUCACUUUAUACACGAGCUCUUCAACUUUGCGCGCUCGCCCUAUGAUAUGAUUGGGUACGAUCGCGUGGUUCAAUACUCUGCGCGCGUAGCACAGGAGGUUGAAGUAGAUCUGCUUGAUUUAGUGUCCACCAACGAAGGCGCAGUGCCACUAGACCCGCAGCCCAAUGCCAGCGGCAAUCCCAGUUCCAACGAAAGCAGCUCGGGCGCUGGCGAUGCGCUCUGGCCGCGUCCCUCCACCAGUGUGAUUGUGACCAACCCCAGUGCUACACAUUCCUUCAGCGUUACCAUGGCUACCGAUGGCAGUGAGCUGCCUGGCAUCUCUAUACGGCGCACCACCACGUCCAAUGUGGGCUCUCAAACGGUAGCCAUAAAUCUGAGCAUGCGCCGUCCAGUGGUCAACGAAGUAAUUGAGAUUGACGACGGGGAUGCUGCUGCUAAUGCCGAGGUGGCCGCUAUUAACGAUGGAAAUAACAAUACCAAUCGCCGUCAGGCAGGUGCAAGUCUGCCCAUCAGCGCUCACAUUGAGCUGCAGAGCAGCGACUGUAGUAACAGCGACGAUGACGACGAGUGCGUCUUUGUGCUGGAACGCAAGCCGCCGCAUCUGCGUACGCCUGAACUGGUUAGUCUGGACUCUAAUAGCGACUCGGACGUGGUCUUUGUGGACGAACAGAAGCCAAACAAGGCAAGCAACGAAAAUAAUGCAAACCAACAGGCAGCAGGCACCGAUGAAGCAGCAAAUGCUGCAGCUGAAAGUGGUGCAGCCAGCGGUGAGCUUUUCAUGGGUCCCAGCACCAGCACAGGACUCUGCUCCACUUCUGGAAAGAACUGGAAAACGGUGCUGGAGGAAGCGCGCCGCCAGGAGCUGCUGGCGCUCAACUUUACCGCGCGUCCCAAGCGCAUACAAACGCGUGCCCAACAGCGUGCGGGUUUAAGUGCCAACAUAAGUCGCAGCAGCAGCUCCACCACCGUAAAGUGGAGCAGCAGUAGUAGCAGCAGCGACAGCAGCAGCAGCAGUCAAAGUGAGAAGCGACGUAAAAAGCGACGUGUGGCACGCAAGCCCAAGACACGCAAACGCCAGCGCCAGACCAAGCAAGAGAAGCCAGCCAAGCAGCAGGCCAGUAAGCGGAGUAGACGUAAGGCACCACAGGUGGAGGAGUCACAGGAAGAGGAGGAGGAGCAGCAGCAGCAGCAGCAGGAGCAGGAGAAAGCAAGCAACAGCAGCAACUUACCUCCCAACAACGAGAGCAAUAACAGCAGCAGCAGCAGCAGCGACGACGAUGAUGACGACGACAGCACUGCGAAUGUUAAGCUGAGCGCACUGCGUGCCACACUCAAGGCGGAGGAAGUUUUAGAUGAGCGCAAGCCCAACAAACGUGAGCUUGCGGAUGCGGAUGAGCAGCUGUCCACACUAAGCGCAACGGCUGUCAAGCGCAGAAGACGCUCCAGCAAUAGCAACAACAAUACCAAUAGCAACAGCAAUUUAUCCAGUCAGAGCAACAGUUUAGUUAGCACCAUGUCCAGCAACGAUACGCUGGGCGAUGCUAGGCCGCUGGCGUUGAUGCAACGACAUUGCCAUGACAUUGCCACCUCGCUCAUCGAACUAUCCACAUUUAGCCUUCUCGCUCCGGAAAGAGAAAAUGAAACUUCAUUCACUCACGGUAUGCAGUACACUGAUCCAGUGCAGGAAGUCAUGCGCUAUAUGGAAAACGAGCUCAAUGAGGAUGCUCAACUGGGCAUAUACUCGGAUGCAAGCAAUGAGUUGUCGUCAGAGCAGCCGCAGCAUGAGGCUGAGGCCCAAGAGGAUCAAGAGCUGGAUGUGGAUGGAGAUGAGGAACCGCAACUAGAGAUUGACAUGGCACCGGAGGAGGAGGUGGGGGAGGCUGAGGCUAGCAAUAGCAGUGUGCGUACGCCGGAGAUUGAACCAGCUCAACAGGAUGAUCUUGACGAGGAAGAUGAAAACGGGGAUGAUGAUGAUGACGAUGAGGAGGAGGAAGAGGAGGAGAACGAUGACGCUGACACCCAGACGCCGCCGCCGCCUGCUGCCGACAGUGAAGCCAGUGACUCUGAUUAGAGCACUUACUAAACUGCCUAACUCACUGUAUAUUCUACAGUCGUAUGCUAAACUCCAACUAAUUUUAAUUAUAUGUAUAAAGAUAUAGAUUAAAGCCUAGGCAUCACUUGUAUAAUCCAUAGAGGCCGGUAAGCAGAGCCGGCUACAAUUUAUGGAACUCGCAUGCUAUCCGCUAUAUGAUAUAACUAUAAUUGUAUAUGUUUUGAUUAAGCUUAAGUUGAUUAAACAUUUCCUAUGUAUUAAUAUGCAUAUAUGUCUCAAGAUAUAUACAUGUAAGUCUAAGCUAAAUGUUUAUGUAUGCCCAAUGCAUAUCCAAAGGAUUUUUUUUUAUAUUUGUUUAAUUUGCACAUAAUUUAUGCAAAGUAGUUACGAGAUACGUAUAUUUGUAAAUACUAAAUACGGCAGCUAAGUACAUUUUAAGCACUAUUUAAGAUAAAACCGUACAACUUGUAAUACGUUUUAUAAUUUUAUUUCAUUUUAAAAAUCAUCUCAUAACUUGACACUUUUAAUUCAACUAAUUUGCAUGACCUCAUUUAUGUGUACAGAUAUAUAAUAUUACUCUUUGUAAGGGUAUUUAGUAUAGGACUAACUUCAUUAAAAAAUAACCUGAACUUCAUAAUUACACACAUGUGCAUGUAUUUAUACAUAUAUAUAGACAGUCAUAAUAAUGAAUACAAGUGAUGAUCAAAUCAAUAAUGCAAGCACAUUGCGUGGUUUUAUUUGUAGGCUGGCAUUAUAUUGCAAUGUUUAUGAUAAAAGUUUAUAGUAACUGUGUUUAUACAAAGCACUUGAUAUGAAAGCAAAUAAAACAAUAAAUAAUGCUUG